GCACCGUCCGCGAGACGCUGCACCCAUGCGCAAACGUCGGCGAUAGCAAGACUGCAGACUCUAGCAGACGUGAGAGGUCGCUAGAGUUCACCUCCUCCCACACCACCACUCUACAACGAUAUGGCAAAAUACUUGGCCGAACUGUGCACCAUCCUCGUGCAAAACCACUUAGGCGAAGUCUCUGCUCAAAUCUUUUCCAUCCUCGCCGAACACGGUCGCCUCACCACCUUCGCCAUCUCCGACUACGCAGACGUUCCCAUUCGUCGUGUCCGCUCGGCUUUGGCUACACUUUUAGAAGAGCAGCUGUUGCUCCAUUACCGCCCCGAAGACGAACCUUUCACCUACUAUUCGAUCAACUGGCGCAAUGCUUACAACCUCGCGCGGCAUCAGAACAUUAUAGAGCUUGUCGCUGACAGAUACGGUGAUGGCGCAGCGCAGAUUGUCAAGAAUAUUUUACAGCUUGGUCAUGCUCGUGUUGGGGACCUCGUCGACGCUUACGGGCUCACUCCAGGCUCCAAGCGUGACAGUGGAGUUGAGACGACUGAAAACCAUGGAACGGAAGGCCUCAACAACGGCGACGCCAAGACUGUCAGCCAGAAGACUAAUCUGCACGUUACGGAGGCGGACGAGUUCCACACGAUCCUCGGCGCGCUGAUUAAAGAUGGCAUACUCGCCAAAGUGGGUAGUCGAGCCUUCAUGCCCAUCACCGACCUUCAAGAGGAGAUUGAAGAAGCCGUCAUCGUCGAUCGCUUUCCUGACCGUAAGGUUACCGGCCCGAAGAAGCAGAAAGAGUUCUCCUCCGCCGUCGACAAGCUCAAGCGCAAGUGGCAAGACGAUGAUGCCUUCGAUGAGCAUCAGGAUUACGAGUCGCGAGGCAGCAUCAAACGUGCCAUUAACCAUGCUGGCGGUCCGAGUAAGCGCUUGAAGGUUAACGGCAACCUGCCGAAUGGCCAUGCGACGGAGCCGUCGGCCCCGAAGCUUGCGAACAAUCUCAUAGUACGCGUAGACUGUGCUAGGUGUACAGUCGCCCUGCGCAGUCACCGUCUUUGUCAUAUGGCUAAGCGCGCACUCGGUGGCGUGACUGGUGCAGUUUACGACGCCCUACUCAAAGCGGUGGAGCGUAACGAUCGCAGUAUGCGAGUGGAAAGCAAAACGGAGGACGACGCCGACUCCGAAUCACCUCCUCUGGCCGUGGCAAGCGUGACCGAGAUUGCCGAGAUCUUAGACCCAGCUCUCAACCUUGCUGCAGCGAUCGACACCGGCAACAAAUUCAAGCAUCAACCCAACGGUACCAGCAAAUCUCACGGAAAGAAUGGUAAGACCAAAAUCGAAGCCAUGGAUCUCAGCGUCAAGCAUUCUUACCCAUCCGACUCCGAUUCCGACGAACCCAUCCCCAACGGCCUCACCGCCCACCAGACCCGCACCAAACGCCACGACCUCAUCGAAAAACACCUCGCCCUCCUCGCCGAACACCCCAACAAGUUCUGCCAACGCUCCCGCUCCCACGGCGGCUGGUCCAUCAACUUCCCCGCUCUAACCUCCACCCUCAUAACCUCCGAACUCGACACCACCCUCUCCUCCCGCUACUCCAAACACCACCUCCGUCUAACCCGCAUGCUGCGCUCCAUCGGGAAACUGGAAGAGAAAUCCAUCGCUUCCCUCGCCAUGAUGCGGAUCAAAGAUGUGCGGGAAUUGCUCACCGAACUGCAAUACGCGGGUAUAGUCGACGUGCAGGAACUGCCCAAAGACGGCCGCCGUCAACCCUCCAACACCAUCUUCCUCUGGUAUUGCGACGAGGACCGCGUGCGGAAGUUGGUGGUGGAGUGGACGUACAAGGCUAUGGCGCGGUGUUUGCAGCGGCUCGAGACGGAGAGGGAGAAGUUUCGCACGGUCAUUGACAAGGCCGAGCGGGGGGAUGUGAGGGGCGCGGAGGAGGAGAAGUUGACGCGCGGGGAUUUGGAGGCGUUAAGGCGGUGGAGGGAGGUGGAGGAGCAGUUGCGGACGCAGGUCGCGCGGUGCGAUGAGGUGGUUGCUGUGUUGAGGGAUUUUGCUGGGGGUGGGGAGGGUUUGGAGUUGUGAUGUGUGGUGGGCGAUUUUUGGGUGUCAGGGGACGGAUGGGCAUCGAUAGGAGCAUGGUUUGCUGCACUCUGACACUGCUUUGAGGCAUGGCGAUGGCGUUUGGUAUAAGGACACGGACCGCCACAGAAGGACGGCAGCGAUUCGAGUACGGACCGGAGGGGUCUCCGUGGCGGUUGCAUCUGAUUGGCGUCCCUGCUGCACGGAUUUCGCAGUUGUUCUGAGACGGCAAGCUGGUUGUUCACUACUAUCGACCUACUGCUCGGCUACGGCCUCGAGCUUGGUUCAGGUGGACUCGAAAUAUAUGCUAUAGUUGUAUGCUUUGCCGAUAUUGUAUAUUCUACUCCUAAAUCGUCUCUCUGUCCACUUUCGGCAGAACCAGCA